AGGAUCUCAAGCCAAAACCUCCAAGAACUGGAGGGCGAUCAUGCAGAAGAGCAUGGCGCCAAUGUCGCAGAUGCUCGUAUUGUGGGUGGACAGAGAGUCAGAGAAGAUCCGGACGCGCCGUUUUUCUACGCACGACAAGACACCAUUUUCCAUCCCAAGCGGAUCAACCUCGAAC